ACAGGCAGAGCGCAAACAGAAAGAGUACGAGGAUCUGAUCCAGCUGAAAGACGUUGAUGUUCGCAAAGCUGCGGAGGAAAAGGAAGGCAUGCUCAAAGCCAUGCGCGAGGCGUUCGAAGUGGCCUCCACCAAGAAGACCGAGUACGAGAACAAACUAGAGUCAGUGCGGAGAGAGAUGCAGGUGGAGCACGAACGCGAACUCGCGCGCGUACGCGAGAGUCACGCGCGUGGAAACGCGAAAGACGAGAAGGAUAAGGAAAGGAAAUUGGACAUAAAGGAAGAGUCAGUGCGGAGAGAAAUGCAGGCAGAGCACGAAUCCGAACUCGCGCGCGUACGCGAGAGCCACUCGCGUGAAAACGCGACACACGUGAAGAAUGAGGAAAGGAAAUUGGACACAGAGGAAGGGCAAGUGACAGUACCUCAGUCGCCAGGCGAAGACAAGAAGCUGGUCGUUCAGGUUGAGAAACUACCGUCGGAUGUGAAGACUAAAGUUCAGCCCCUCAAGAAGACUGGAGAGAUGAAGACUGAAGGAAUUGAAGAGCCGGCAAGUACCGGGCCCAUGAGACGCCUCGCCAAGCGCAGACCUGCCAAGAACUGCACUUCAGACGAGUCCACCACUUCCGAGGAUAGCUCUACUCAGGAUCGCAUUGAGAUAGACGUUACUCCCAUCAUGGGACGUAGACGAACUCGCGCCGCCACAAAGGGCUCAAGAAAACGCCGAAGUAGCAGCGAGCUCUCCCUUGCCGAGAUCAAAGCGCAGUUGUCCGCCGCCAAGUGCCGUAGGAUGGACACAGAUGACGAGACUCCUGGGUCUGUCUCCCGCUCUGUUCGAACCCGCUCCACCGCGGGUAGGACGAGCUCUGUGGUCAAAUCACGACCGAGUACAGCACGAAAAACAUCCACGCUCGUCACGCCUGGCAAGCCUCCCCUCCCUCUAACUCCAAAGAAUGAGAGCAGCUCUUUAAGUCUUGCGGAGCACCAGUCCGCGAAGAAGAAGAAAAAAGGUUUCUUCGGCAAGCUUUUCGACUCCGCCGGCGGCGAAAACUCCCCUCCCCGAGUUCCGCCAUCAGGGAAGAAGAGAAAGCUUCUAAAGAAAGACAUAUCCGGUCCCAUGGACACAUUUUCCCCGACGCCCGUCAGAGGCUCAGUCAGCGAGGCGAGCAAAGAUGACCCAAUCACUCGACAAUUGCGCUCAAGAAAAUAA